AUGGAGAGAAGGAAGGGAGAUGACACAAACAAACAAGGAUGUCAAGUUGUGAGACUGGGCUACCCGCACAACGGAAUCCAAUCCAUCCCGAAAGAGACUUUGUGUGAGCGAGCUUCGACAACCCACUCCCGACAAGUCAACCAACAAACCGUCAAAAUGGUCAAGAAGAGGGCGAACAACGGCCGCAACAAGAAUGGCCGCGGCCACGUCAAGCCUGUGCGUUGCUCCAACUGCGCUCGCUGCACCCCCAAGGACAAGGCCAUCAAGCGCUUCACCAUCCGCAACAUGGUCGAGUCCGCUGCCAUCCGUGAUAUCUCCGAGGCUUCCGUCUUCGCUGAGUACUCUGUCCCCAAGAUGUACCUGAAGCUCCAGUACUGUGUGUCCUGCGCCAUUCACGGCAAGAUUGUCCGUGUUCGCUCCCGCGAAGGCCGCCGCAACCGUGCUCCCCCUCCCCGUAUUCGCUUCAACAAGGACGGCAAGAAGCUCCAGCCCCCUACUGCCGCCAAGGCUUUGUAA